CUGGCUCUGCAUUCUGAGUAACUCCAUCCCAUUUGGGAGAUUGGAAGCUAAAGGUAAAAAGAAAAAGCAGAAUGCAGACCUUUGUAAAUAUUUUUCUGGGAUUUUUUAUCUUCGAGUCUGUUGGAGGCGCACCUAUCACUGAUACCAUAAUUUAUGAUUCUGAGUUCUAUGACAUACCCCUUGGACAGCUGCCUCACCCGUUUGUCUAUGAUGAAAACAAGCAGUCUGAUCAAUUAGAGACAGAGAUUGGGACAGCACUACCUUCUGUAAUUCAAGAGAGUUAUUCUUCUGCACCAUUGACAGAAGAACCUGAGGAGGAAGCAUCAACGCCAAAAUUAAUUGAUGGGUCUUCAGCACAGGGGUCUGGGGUUCUUGGACCUCAAACUCAAGAUGGUCUUCCCACUUGCUUUUUGUGUACAUGCCUAGGGACCACAGUCUACUGUGAUGAUCAUGAGCUUGAUGCUGUUCCACCGUUGCCUAAGGAAACCACAUAUUUCUACUCACGCUACAACAGAAUCAGGAAGAUAAACAGAAAUGACUUUGCUAACUUAAACAAUUUAAAGAGGAUUGAUUUGACUGCAAACUUUAUAUCAGAGAUCCAUGAAGAUGCCUUCCGGAGAUUACCCCAACUUGAGGAGCUGGUGCUCCGUGACAACAGGAUAAGGCAACUCCCUGAGUUACCAUCUACCUUAACAUUCAUCGAUGUUAGUAAGAACAGGCUUGGUCGCAAGGGAAUACGUAAUGAGGCAUUUAAAGAUCUGCAUGAACUGCAGCAUCUUUACAUCACUGACAAUAACUUGGAUCACAUUCCAUUGCCGCUCCCUGAAAGCCUCCAAGCUCUUCAUCUUCAGAACAACAACAUUCAAGAGAUGCACGAAGACACUUUCUGCAAAAUGAAAGAUGUUACUUAUGUACGUAGGGCUCUUGAAGACAUCAGACUGGAUGGUAAUCCCAUCAACCUGAGCAAAACACCUUAUGCAUACAUGUGUCUACCCCGUUUGCCAGUUGGUAACCUCAUCUAAGCUUUGACAGAAGCCAAUACUGUC